CCACUGGCAAUGGCAGUAGCAGCAGCGGUGGUAGUAGCGUCAGGAGGAGUUUAGUGUUGCUGCAUGUAAUUCGUGAAAUGCAUCGUCAAUAAGUUCCACUUUUUUUCUAGUUGCGUUGAAAGUUAACCUUUGCUGUGUUGUACUGUGCUGUGCAACGUUAACGCGUUCAUCGUUUUCGGUUUAUAUUUUUUUUUUCUUUUUUUUCCCCCUUUAUUCCCCUCUUAUUGUUUAAAACCAACAACACUAAUCGUUGUUAUUUCUUUCCUCUACAACGUCAAAAUAAGUUAUUCGCGUGGCUUAUCACCUGAUAAUAAAAUCCCACCAAUCCAACCAACAGGGGACCCCCCUCUUCUAUAUCAGAAUUGGAAACAAUACAAAAUAACUGCGUUACUGACAGGUGUCACAAUUGGACGAGAAUAAUAACUAACCGUGAUAAUUAAGUUCAUAAUAAAUUUUUAAAAUAUUACCCCCGUACGUACCAUACCAGCAGUUGAUUUGAAAUCAACGCGUUGCAACGAAUUCUUUUAUUUCGUGGUGUAAAACUAGUUUCUAUCUCAUCAUGGCAGUUGAAUCAAGAUGGAUGCCCUGUCAAUUGAAGAUAGAAUCGAACAUUUGUAGCUGCGAUUACGAUGGCAUAAUCCUGGUGUCAGGUAAUGCACCUGGUAUCGAUGAACCAGAACCGUUCAAAACGGUUCUAUAUAGCGCAGCACAAAUCGAUUCUGCCCUUGGCGUAAUCGGUGCUGUCUUACCGAUCAAUUUACCUGCGAAAAGACUCAUUUAUAGUCCAACGGGUCCACUCAACAUGGAUUAUCACGAUGUACGAAGUUUCAGUGAGGCUGCUACGAAGGGUAUCGUAAGAGCAUUAAAAGCUGGGGUGAGAUGUCCGUUGCUAGUUUUACUACCUGACGUACGUUUUGAAAAUGUCGAGUUGGUGACAUUGCUUGGUGCUUUGGAAGGACUUUACGUGCCCCUCGAGGUGAGAGAGAUAUGUCCCGAACGUUGCUACAAGGCCUGUCAACUGGCAGUCUGGAGUCCGAUUUGCAGUAAAAAGCUCCAGGGUAUCGUGAAGCUAGCCUCAGCCUUGGAAAGUGGCAGAUUCGUCGCAAGGGAUAUCGGUGGAGCUGAUCCAGAGAGAAUGGCACCGCCUAGAGUUGAGGAAUACGUGGCCGAAUUGUUUUUCGGUUCGAACGUUACAAUGCAGGUGAUAUCCGAUCAGGAUACCUUGCUUCAAGAGUAUCCUCUAUUCUCGUGCGUUAAUCGGGCAGCUUCGGUAAUACCACGUCACGCUGGAAGGAUCAUCUUCCUAACUUACGAACCACAGAAUCCUGCUUGUGUCCUAGAAACUGUAAUGCUCGUUGGCAAAGGUGUCACUUACGAUACCGGUGGGGCAGACAUUAAAUGUCAAGGUAACAUGAGCGGAAUGUCCAGAGACAAAUGCGGAGCUGCUGCCUGUGCAGGAUUUAUGCAGGUGGUGAAUCUUUUACAACCACCAACGGUGAAGGUAGUAGUUGCUUUGUGCAUGGUCAGAAACAGCGUCGGUGAGAAUGCUUACGUUUCCGACGAGAUUAUAACUGCGAAAUCUGGUGCGAGGGUACGAGUUGGUAACACGGAUGCCGAAGGACGAAUGAUUAUGGCCGAUGCACUUUAUCAUAUCAAAGAAAUGGCACUUUGUUCGGUAAAUCCUCAUAUCUUUACGGUGGCUACGUUGACCGGUCAUGCUCCAUUAUCAGCUGGUACCGGAUAUUCCAUUGCCAUGGACAACGCUGUAGCCAAAUUGGUUAGCAACGCGGAGAAGCUUCAAGCUUCAGGUGAAACAAUAGGCGACCCAUUUGAGAUAUCCAGAAUACGCAGAGAGGAUUUCCGUUUUCACGAGGGACGCAUGGAAGGGGACGACGUGUUGCAAGCGAUAAACAAACCGAGUUCUAGAACGGAGAGAGGUCAUCAAGGACCUGCGGCCUUUUUAAUUAUGGCCUCUGGCUUGGACAAGAACGGUAUUGAAUCCAAAAAACCACUUAAAUACUGCCACUUGGACAUAGCUGGUAGUGCCGGUGAUCUUCCAUCUCAACCAGUAGGCUCGCCGAUUUUGGCAUUAGCCAAAAAAUUUCUUCUCGACAAAAUUAUACAAUCCUGGAGCGACGAAAAAGAUGAAAAACAUUGAUUACGAGUUACUCUUUCCAGAACCUUUCCGGGAUUACCUAUCUGUCCUAUAUUUUUCCGCUAUCCUUUUGUUUUUCUUUUUCUUCCUCAGAAUCUUAAACCCCGCUUUAUUUCAGGUUUCGGUGCUAGAACGAAUUGCUUUUAAACUGAUCACAUAUUUUAGUGUUAAUGGUGGAAAGUUUCGUUUGAUGUGUUUUUGUUUUAAAUGAUAAUCGGUUUUGGUGUAGGCGUUAAUGAUAGAUUUGAAAGCUUUUAUUUUUAUUAAACGAUGUUAAA